UUCUUAAAAGAAUUGGACACUUCUUACAAAUCCUGCCUGCAGAAUCAAACAUAUGAGCCCAACUGUGUGUUUUCUCAUUUACGAAAUAAAAGUUGGGCUGUGAAUUUCAAAAUAAGAGCAAGUAGAUAAAAGUAAAGUACUGUGCGUUCAAAUAAGGUGUUUAACUUCAGAAUAAUUAUUUGAAAAAACUAACAAAAUACAGAUAAUACUUGAGCAAAAUCAUGCAUUCUAAAAAUGCAUUUUACAUAGGUUGAAGGGUUUUCCAGAAUUUUGAGGUCAACUUUGGGGGUGCGCAUUAUACACGAGAAAUUAAUGCUAUUAAUUCAUGUGUAAUCAUAUUCAAUGUUUCUUCUAAGAGGGGGUGCGCUCUGUAUGUUUCUAUUUUUUUGCCUUUUUAAUCAAUUCAGUGACACAUUAAUUUCCUGUGUGUGCUCUAAUUGCUAUUCCUGGUCAAUAAGGAACAAUCUCACUGAUAUCUGGCACCCCAUUCAUCCUGGCUGUGAUGUCCGAAUUGUUAUGACUUCCAUUGUGUGACAGAAGGGACACACGCACGCACGUACUCGCAUGCACACACACACACACACCAACAAAAACGGUCGAGCUGCUACAAAAUUUGGCUGCAUUUCUGAAUCUCCUUUCUUUACGAAUGUGAGAAAUAAAACAUUUCAGUUAUGCAUUGAUGUAUAAAUGUAUGUUUGUGUAAAGCUGGUUGGAAGACCCCCUUCAACAUAUCAUUGGAAAAAUAGAUUAUUAUGGCUUAAUAUUUACACCUUUUUAAUAACAAACAAUACUGUUAUUGCUGUUGUCCUCACUUCCAAGCUCAGGCUGUGAGUCCUCCACCUGUAGUGACGACAGUAGAGUUUACACUUUUUAGUCACCUAGCACCCGUCAUGUUACUGGCCUUUGCAACCCUUGCAUCACACCGUUUUCACUGCAUUGUCUUCUUUUCAUGUGGUUGGCUGAUGACUCGGACCUGAACAUUUUCGUGUAGGAGCGACUUACUGUUGGGACACUCUGCCAAAUGACGACUUCCCUGAGUUUACCGAAGGAACACAUGACUUUCGUAAACAAAGCAGGGAUACUGGAAUCCAUACUGUCUGUAAAACAGGAAACAGGAAACUACCUCCCAAACACUUUCUGAUUGGCUGCACUAGACUACAGAAGAAUUGUGUUUUUUCCUGCAUGGCAUCAAGCUAAUAUGUAGCAGAUGUGGUGGGACACAGAGAGGAACAUAAUUGAUGCCUCACAUACAGGAGUCAGCUGCACUUGGUCUGUCAGUGGUUCAACAAACAGCUGGAUUCUCAGUGCCACAGCUGGAGGAGAAGCUAAAAACAUCCCUCCAUAUCCGGGGCCAAACAGGAUGAGGGACUGUUACUGCACUGUCAACCUGGACCGAGAAGAAGUCUUCAGAACGAAGAUUGUCGAGAAGUCACUCUGUCCGUUCUAUGGAGAGGACUUCUACUGUGAAAUACCACGUAGCUUCAGACAUCUCUCCUUCUAUAUCUUUGACAGGGAUGUCUUCAGGAGGGACUCAAGUAUUGGUAAGGUUGCGGUGAAGAAAGAAGACCUGCAUAAGUAUCACGGGAAAGACACAUGGUUCCAGCUCCAACCUGUCAGUGCUGACUCAGAGGUGCAGGGAAAAGUGCACCUGGAGCUACGUCUGAGUGAAGUCAUCACAGACAGCGGAGUCAUCAACCACAAGCUAGCCACGCGAGUGCUAGAGUGCCAAGGUCUUCCAAUCGUCAACGGCCAAUGUGACCCUUAUGCUGCUGUCUCACUUCUGGGUCCUUCCAGGUCAGAAGCAAAGAAGACCAAGGUGAAGAGGAAAACCAAUAAUCCACAGUUUGACGAGGUUUUCUAUUUUGAGGUGACACGGCCCUUAAGCUACACGAAGCGACAGUUUGAUGUUGAAGAGGAAGACGUGGACAAACUGGCUCUGAGGGUCGACCUGUGGAAUGCUAGCAACUUGAAGUUUGGUGAUGAGUUCCUUGGAGGUGUGCGUGUUCCCCUCAGAGUUCUGGGUCAGUUUGGAGUCCACGAUGCAUGGUACUAUCUGCAGCCCAGGGAAAAUGGAGGGAAGUCGGUCAAGGUGGAAGAGCUUGGAUCUCUGCGCCUAAAUAUUGUUUACACCGAGGACCACGUCUUCCCCUCUGAGCACUAUACCCCCCUCAGAGAUUUGCUGCUUUACUCUGCCAAUGUACAGCCUGUUUCGGCGUCAACAGCUAACAUUCUAGGGGAAGUGUGUCGAGAGAAGCAAGAAGCUGCCAUUCCGCUUGUGCGUCUCUUCCUCCACUAUGGCAAGAUUGUGCCUUUCAUCAGCGCCAUUGCUCAUGCUGAAGUUAACCGUACACAGGAUCCAAACACCAUUUUUCGGGGAAACUCGCUGACAUCCAAAUGCAUCGACGAAACCAUGAAACUGGCAGGGAUGCAUUAUCUGCAAGUCACACUUAAACCAAUCAUAGAUGAGAUCUGCACAGAACACAAGCCCUGUGAAAUUGACCCAGUUAAGCUCAAGGAAUCAGAAAACCUGGAGACAAAUAGAGAAAACCUUCGUCAAUAUGUGGACCGUAUCUUUAACGUUAUCACCACCUCUGGCGUUCGCUGUCCCACUGUCAUGUGUGACAUCUUCUUCUCACUUCGAGAGUCUGCUGCCACACGUUUCCAAGUGGACCAGGAUGUCCGAUACACAGCAGUGAGCAGUUUCAUCUUCCUGCGUUUCUUUGCUCCAGCCAUCCUAUCGCCCAAUCUCUUUCAUUUACGGCCACACCAUCCAGAUCCGGCCACCUCUCGAACGCUUACCCUCAUCUCCAAAACCAUCCAGACGUUGGGAAGUCUUGCCAAGUCAAAAUCUGCCAAUUUCAAAGAGUCGUACAUGGCAGCAUUUUACGACUACUUCAAUGAGCAGAAGUAUGCAGAUGCUGUGAAGAAUUUUCUGGACCUCAUAUCCACUUCAGGGAAGUGGGAUCAGAAGAGUAUUGAAACACCAAUCAUGCUGAAAGAGGGGAGUGUAAAAGUCACUAUAAAGAGGGUUGAUGGGAAGGGGUCAAAAGGCACCAAGGGCAGAUUUAUGAUAAAGAGAGCGCAAGGAAGGAACCGGUUUGGAAUGAAGAACUUUAAAAAGAGAUGGUUUCGUCUCACCAACCAUGAGUUCACUUACCACAAGACUAAAGGAGAGGGAGCUUUGUGCAGCAUUCCCAUAGAGAACAUUCUGGCUGUAGAAAGGCUGGAGGAGGAGUCAUUUAAGAUGAAAAAUAUGUUCCAGGUGAUCCAGCCAGAGAGGGCACUCUACAUCCAAGCCAACAACUGUGUUGAGGCGCGAGAUUGGAUCGACAUCUUGACCAAAGUCAGCCAAUGCAACCGCAAGCGUCUAAGCACAUAUCAUCCUUCAGCCUACCUCAACGGCCACUGGCUCUGCUGCAAGCUCUCUGCCGACACGGCGCCUGGCUGUACGCCCUGCACCGGCGGCCUCCCAGCCAACAUCCAGCUGGACGUAGACGGAGACAGAGAGACCGAGAGGAUCUAUUCCCUAUACAGCACAUACAUGACCAAACUGAUCAAGAUGCAAGAGGCCUGUGGCAGUAAGUCAGUGUACGACGGACCCGAGGAAGAGGAAUACUCCAGCUUUGUCAUUGACGACCCUCAGGAGACCUACAAAACCCUGAAGCAGAUCGUUUCUGCUGUACAGACUUUGGAACAGCAGCACACCAAGUACAAACGAGACAAGUUCAAGAAGACCAAGAUUGGCAGCCAAGAACAUCCAAUAGGGGACAAGAGUUUCCAGUGCUACAUCCGUCAGCAGUCAGAGAGCUCCACCUAUUCCAUCUGACCAUGACUCUUGAGACUCCUUCGGUGAUGUUCACAAUCAGCACGUUGGACUUGACAAUAAAUCACAGUCCAUUUGUUCUGAAGUGGCUUGCACCUGAUAUGCUGAAUUCAGGGAAAAUACAAGUUUUAAGUUUCCUAACAGGAGUAGCACGGGACAGUGGUGGUCUCAAGAUGCAUCACUCCACAUAUAUGGAGAAAGAGACCUCAGAUUAGUUAUACAGAAGAGGAACAUAAGUCGAGUAAGAAGAAGAAGUUGAAGAACUUCAUCCUUUCUGUGCUAUGAUGACAGAACAAACCUUUUUACUGGACAGCUUUUACAGUGAACGACAUGCACUUUAAUCGCCUCCAAAUCAAUGACUUGCAGCACAUUUUCAAAAACUAUAUUUUAUGACUUUCAUUUGUAUUUUGGUUUUUGUAAUAGUUCUUUGUGUAUCGCAUCUCACAGACCAAAACUUAAGAAGGAGCAACAGUAUUUCCUAUUUUUUUCCUGCCUAGGAAUAUCGGGUCGAUAGCUCACAAAAACAGAUUGACGGGACCAAGUGCAGCCUGAUGCGCUGCACGUGUGAGAGAAAUCACACUCCACUAGCACCCACUUCCAUUGUUUAUCAUCAAUGUGCUAACAGAUGCUGAGCUUAUAUUUGCUGUAGUGUUUUGAUGUCAUGCCCUGGCCUGCUCUGUGAGAUUUCAACUGAAUCCCCCCAAAAAACCUGCAAGGCUUGUUUGGCUUCUCUCCGAGCAGUUUGAAAGAUAUUGUCAGCCGUUGGCUUUGCAUGUCUUCAUUGUUGGAGGUCUUUGGCAUCAGGAUGGAGAUGGUCUCAAGCUAAGUACUAAAUGCUUCACCCAUUUCACAAUCUUAUACAUUAGCCACACAUUCGCAAGUCAUUUGGUUACAGAUUGUGAAGACCAUUUAUCUAUGCAUGAAGAAAGUACACAAAAGACAGAUCAUCUAACAUCCUGAACAAAAAUAAGAUUUUUUAUUGUGGCAACAGUUGCAAUUGAGCUGGAAAUUUUCAACAAAGGGGCAGAGAUCACUUCUACCUGUAUGCAGAGAUAAAAGUAAUGGCAUCCAUUUGUUUGUUUAUUUUCUGUCUCGGUUUGAAAACAGAAGACCAACUACCCCUCAGCUAUGAAAAUAGAGGAAUCUUCACACAAUUCUCGAGCAACUGAGAAUUGUCUUUAGCUUUAGACCUAAUUAAUACAUCUUCUGACAUUCAACCCAUCUCAAAUGGGUCAUGGUUACUAGCUCUGUUUCCUAUUGGCUGCCUAAUAACUUUAUUUUGGUGAUGUAGCUGUGCGUUGCAGUGGAAACAUGGGCCUGUAGUGUCAAAUGUAUUUGAGAUGCUGCCUGCUGCCAAGCUUGCCCAUCAGCACCUCAUGAUCCGUUGAAGGUACUGGAUUUUAAUUGUUCUCACAUUAUUGGGUGUGUGUGUGUGUGUGUUGUCAUUGCAACCUCUCUUUGUUUUAUUCAUCAUCAUUACAUCAUUACAUUUUCUUGCCAAACCAGUGCAUGUGUUGUCAUGACAGAUUCCAGUCACACAGACUUUAUAUCUCAUAAUUUAAAAGCCUGGUUGUGUACCCUCAGUGGUGGUGAGUGCCAGUCAUUAUCUUUUUAUUAAAAGGUGUGUGUGUUUGUACCUGUGAUGUUUAAAAAGCAGACACUCUGUUGGAUAACAUCUAUUUUGUUAGCCGUUUCUAUGAAUUUGACUCAUUGUCGUAUAGACAUCUUGCAUCUGAGUUGAAUGACUGAAGUGUUUCUUAAUGUACAGUAUGUGCUUGUGAGCGUGUGUUUGAAUGUGUAGCUGACAUGCCAAGUGAAUUAACCCAGUGUUAGCGGUGAGAAGGCAGCGUGCCAGUGGUAAUUUUUUAUUAUUUUUUUUAAAUCACUGCCUGUAAUGAUACUAAUGCAACUGUCUUAUAUUGUUCCUGUUCUUCUUAAUAUGUACAACCACAGUUCUUUAUCAUAGAACAUAAUUAACUCCCUCCAAACAUGCACGUGUGUCCAUUAAUGUCUCAGGUUUAUAGUAUAAACCACACACAACCAAGCCCGGUCAUUCACAUUCUUUUUUUAAUUAACCUUCUUGCAAACAUCAGCUGUGUUUUGGGGAAAAUUCAUUAAAGUAAUGGCAACAUCUCCCGCCCUGAAGUCUACAAAGGACUGAUUUAUGCAAAAAAAAAAUCAUUUUUCCACCUUGCAAUAAUAUUGACCUUACCCCAUGAAUUUGCAAAUUAACAACACACAAAAUCAACAUGUAUUUGUAUUUUGUACAUAUAUUUUAAAAGUAAAAUGAUCUUAUUGUAAGUGUACUGUAUAUUCAACAGUGGGAUGAAUGCUGAAAUGUAUUGUGCUUUUUUCCCUUAACAAAAUGAAAAUAUUAAUGCAAA